AUGAGUAAGAAAAUAGAAGAAUUCGUCAAAUCAUGCAACCACUGCAGUAUGUUCAUCGACAAAAAGACAAAAGAACCCAUCAAACCACACUGGGUUGCUGAGAAAUGCUGGGAUACUGUAUCAGUCGACCUAUUUGGCCCGAUGCCAACAUCUAAACACGUGGUCGUCGUACAAGACUUAGCAUCACGAUUUCCAGCAGCGAAACUGGUUACAUCGACAAAGGCAGACAAAGUUUUACCAGCUCUCAGCGAAAUUUAUGCAAUGUACGGAAACCCCGAGGUCCAAAUUUCCGAUAACGGGCCUCCCUUCAACAGUGCUCAGAUGCACGACUUCGCAACGAGCAAGUCCAUCAAAUUACAGAAGGCUCCACCACUUCACCCAUCCUCCAAUCCAGUCGAAACGUUUAUGCGUCCUUUGGGAAAGGCCAUGAAAAUUGCAUAUCAAACCAGGGCUCCUGAAAAAGAAACAUUGGAGAGAACACUAAACAACUAUAGACAUACACCUCACCCAGCAACAGGUAUCCCUCCAGCAGCCAUGAUGUUCCGAGAUGGACAGCGCUACGACUUUCCGAGAACAUACGCAACCGAAGAAGACGUAAGAAGAGCUCGGGAAGCAGAGAAACAAAAGAAAAUUGAUAACGAAGAAAAAAUAAACUCUUCUAAAUACAGGAAGAAAUCAAAUUUCAACAUUGGUGACAAGGUUCGUGUUAGAAAUUACCAAAACUCAAUCAUCGACAUCAAUGACGAAGGAAACAAACUCAUUGUCGAACAUCAAGAAAACGGGUUUUCAUUGUGCCGUCACCCAGAUGACGUCAAACCAUUUAUAGAACCAAACUAUAUCGAAGUCGAAGAUGUUCAGUGGCCAGUAGGAGAUGAAGGAGACGUGGCGGAAGAUCUCGGGAUUGAGAAAAGCGGAGAAACUGCACCAACACUGAGACGUAGCGAGCGGAAAAAGACCCCCAAUCCAAGAUACAUUUAG